AUGCCACUCUGGGUGUUCUUGGUGAUCCUCACCCUCAGCAGUGCUUCCCACUGCUCCCCGCCCCCCUUGCUGCCCCUCAGGAUGCGGCGCUAUGCAGACGCCAUCUUCAGCAACAGCUACCGGAAGGUGCUGGGCCAGCUGUCUGCCCGCAAGCUGCUGCAGGACAUCAUAAGCAGGCAGCAGGGAGAGAGGAACCAGGAGCCAGGAUUAAGGGCACGGCUCAGCCGGCAGGCAGACAGCAUGUGGGCAGACCAAAAGCGGACAGCACUGGAAAGCAUCUUGGUGGCCCUGCUGCAGAAGCACAGGAAUUCCCAAGGAUGAAGCCUUCACUGGAGGCUUGGACCACCCGUACCCAAAACACAACUGGAUCCAGUUACUCCCACUUCAGUUCUGAUAUACUUUUUCUUCUGUAAAUACAAUAAA